AUGUCACUGCAAAUGUGCAGUGCCGUUAUAAGAUCUAUCAACCUAAAACUAUCUAUCUAUCUAUCUAUCUAUCUAUCUAUCUAUCUAUGCCAUAUUUUCUAUCAUUUAUCACUGUCUAUUUUUAUCCAUCUAUCUAAGCCAUAUUUUCUAUCAUUCUAUCACUGUCUAUUUUUAUUCAUUCAUUCAUAUCAUAUCUAUCUAUCAUUCAUUCAUCCAUAUUUUCUAUCAUUCUAUCAUCUAUCUAAGACAUAUUUUUAUCUAUCUAUCUAUUCAUCUAUCUAUCUAUCUAUCUAUCUAUCUAUCCAUAUUUUCUAUCAUUCUAUCACUGUCUAUUUUUAUCUAUCUAUCUAUCUAUCUAUCUAUCUAAGCCAUAUUUUCUAUCAUUCUAUCACUGCCUAUUUUUAUCUAUCUAUCUAUCUAUCUAUCUAUCUAUCUAUCUAUCUAUCUAAGCCAUAUUUUCUAUCAUUCUAUCACUGCCUAUUUUUAUCUAUCUAUCUAUCUAUCUAUCUAUCUAUCUAUCUAUCUAAGCCAUAUUUUCUAUCAUUCUAUCACUGUCUAUUUUUAUCUAUCUAUCUAUCUAAGCCAUAUUUUCUAUCAUUCUAUCACUUUCCAUUUUUAUCUAUCUAUCUAUCUAUCUAUCUAUCUAUCUAUCUAUCUAUCUAUCUAUCUAAGCCAUAUUUUCUAUCAUUCUAUCGCCUCCAUAUUUUCUAUCAUUCUAUCACUAUCUAUUUUAUCUAUCUAUCCAUCUAUCUAAGCCAUAUUUUCUAUCAUUUUAUCACUGUCUAUUUUAUCUAUCUAUCCAUCUAUCUAAGCCAUAUUUUCUAUCAUUCUAUCACUGUCUAUUUUAUCUAUCUAUCUAUCUAUCUAUCUAUCUAUCUAUCUAUCUAUCUAUCUAUCUAA